AGAAUUGCAAAAGGUAUAUAUAGACACAUGGAAUGUCAGCUUGGAGACACCACGAUUCUUCUGCCACUGCUGGGUUUGUCUGCGGCUUGUGAAGGGACCGUGCUGAGUAUACAGCCUCUAUAGGGUCAGUGGAAGAUGUCGUCCCAGAGUGAGCCAGGUCUCCUUCAUAAGUACAUGGGUGUCUUCUUCUCCACCAUGUCUUCAGAAGAACUCCUUGACUCCUUGGACUCUUUUGAUGCCAGAGAAGAUGACAUAUUUCUCGUUUCCUACCCAAAAUCUGGCACCCACUGGCUGGCAGAAGUCAUUGAGCGCAUUCCCGAUGCUGGCAUCACACUCACAUCUCCUAUUGAGUUGGGAGACAUUUCUAAAUUUGAAGAGUUGAAAAUGAUUCCUAAGAGAAGAGCUAUCCCGACUCAUCUGAACUACGAAAUGCUUCCGGUGACUGUGAAACAGAAGCAGUGCAAGAUUAUCUACAUCGUCAGAAAUCCAAAGGAUACAGCUGUGUCCAUGUUCCACUAUUACAGGGACAACCCCAAUCUCCCUUCUACGGAAACAUGGGCUGCAUUCUUAGAGCUGUUCCUCAAAGGAGAUGUUGUGUAUGGUUCCUGGUUUGAUCAUGUUCUGGGUUGGGAAGAACACAAAAACAAUAAAAAUGUCCUCUUCCUCUUCUAUGAAGAAAUGAAAAAAGAUUUUGUUAAGAGCCUAAAGAAAAUAACUGCUUUCCUGGGCAUCGAUGUGAAUGACAGCGAGAUGGGGAAGAUCGCUCGGAGUACUUCGUUCAGUGAAAUGAAAAAUAAAGCCGCCAAAGAAAACUGCGACCCCAAUCACGUCAUCUGUGCUCUCACGUCCGACAGGAACCUGGUGUUCAGAAAAGGAGUGGUGGGUGAUUGGAUAAACUACUUCACUCCGAAGCAGAACAGAGUCUUUGAUGAACUAUUCACGGAGAAGAUGAGAAACAGUGAUGUGGGCAGAUGCUUGAAGGAGUAUGCACAGUCACAGAUGCAUGGUGGAGUGUGCGCAACCGCAGAUGCCUGAAGGAGUAUACACAAUCAGACGGGAAAUGAAGUGGAUUCCAUUCUGUGCCGCGUGGCGCCUGGGAAACAUGUAAAUAUGCUUUACUGGUGUGGAAAGCCGAUAGUUCUUUCUGUGACAAACACGUACUUCACGAAUGUGUCAAAAGCAGCACUCAUGAGACACUACUAUCAUCGUAUUUGGUGACAGCAGAAUUAUUAAUAAAGGGGGGCAUAAAAUUCUCCAGUCGUUGAACUCUGUAUCCAUUUUGAGCGAGUUCAGUGAGGCCAGGAUUGGUUCCCAUGCAGAAAGAGCUGCUAUUCCUGCAAGCCCUCCAUGAGCUGCUCCGAUGUGGAAAGGAGGAGCGGGAUAAAGUCACAUAGCUGAGAAAAUGUUAUUCUCUGCCUAUUUACACAAUCGUGGCCUGUAUCUUAAUGUUUUGAUCUCAACAUUUCUAAGUGUCUGUGAGAAAUACUUUUCAGAAUCACAAGAACAACAGACACCAUCCUAUCAAGUUGGAUAGGAUCGGUGAACGUGGUUGGGCAUGCCUGUAUUUUCUUAAUGCUACUGAAAAUUAUAAAUUUUCUCAAUUUCCAAUUUUAAAAUGGACUUUCCUGUUAAGUUUCUAUGCUUCUGAUUCUUUAUAGUAUUUUGAAUAUUCAUGCUCUCUUCCAGACUCGGUCGGUCCUAACACUAAUCCAGUCUCUGCAGCUCUCUUAAGGUGUAUUAUCCCAUGGCUUCCACUAGAGGGCACUGUAAUGAAAUCUCAGUGAACUUCAGUGUCCACCCACACAGCUCUCAGUACACUUUCACUGUUGUAGAAUUUCCUAAGGCUUGCUGGGAUGUCAAAACUGUGCUAUGACUAGCUCUUAAUGCUGAACUCAGAGCAGGAGGUUGGUUUUCUGAGUUCAGCUGAUUUCUUUGAUUUUUAUACCCUAGGGUAUUAAAAUUCACAUAGGUAUGAACCUAUGUGAAUGUUUAGUGACAAAUCUGUUGGGGUCUUUUGUAUAUACUUGAUAAUUCAGCAAGAAGUUCAGUUUGUAUAAAUCUUCUGUACACUGCAUUUGUUACAAAUAAAGAGCAUUCUUUUU